UUGAUUCAGAUUCAAACUAUUCCAAUUUCACUGCAGAAAAGGGGAAAUGGCAGCGACGAAAUUUCCCGCAGAUGGAGGAUCGUCCGCCUCUCCAGCUUCUUCCGAUUCUCGCGCGCCUUGAAGAUAUGCAAGCGCAGAAAUUCCAAUCGAUUCCAGCCAAGAGGGAGCAAAAGCGUGGGGGAAAAAGCCGACAGGAAGACGACAUUGUUGAAUACAUUUGAUUGGAACCCUGUCUUUAUCAUCGCGUCCGUUAUUGCUUUAUUCGGAACCCUAAUUUCCCCCCCGACGUGGCGGAUAUGUGAAAUUGCAGUCUCAUACGCUAAUUAGAUUAGGAAUUCUCGAACUGAAUUGAAUUGAUUGAUUUGGGAAUGGUGUUGGAUGAUUUGGCAGUGGUUUAUUCUCAUCUCCAUGGAUGACAUUGCGUUUGAUUUACAAAUUUCAAACUUAAGUCCGACUCGAAUGCUCUUCGAAGAAUAGAAGGGGAUUUUUGUCUGACAUUUCUGUCUGGCUUUAGUCUUGUUAUUGAAUAAUUGUUGAUGUGCAAGCGUUUCUAUGGUAUGCUAGAAUGUCGAAAAUCGGGCACCGGGCGUAUAAGUCCUGGUUCUGUUGGUUCACAGUCACUGCUGCAUUUUUCGUGUUGUCUUGGUUCCUAGCAUUCCGAUCGACGAGCCAGCCCCGGACUGAAUUUGAUGUUCUACCGGACUCCAAGUUUGUUAGGGCUCCAGAAUCGGCAGGGGGAGCUGCUCCGAAUGGGAAUUUAAGAAAAUGUGAUAAGACGAAGCCGAUUCUCAAGGUUUUCAUGUAUGACUUGCCCGUGGAAUUUCAUUUCGGGCUACUGGGGUGGAAAGGGGAUGGGAAGAGUGUAUGGCCGGAUGUUCAUGGAGAAGUUCCGAGAUAUCCGGGAGGGUUAAAUUUGCAGCACAGCAUAGGGUAUUGGCUGACUCUGGAUCUUUUAUACUCCAAUGUCGUAGAGAAUUUGAGUGGGCGGAGUGCCGUUCGGGUGAGAAAUUCGAGUGAAGCCGAUGUUGUCUUUGUUCCCUUUUUUUCAUCACUGUGCUAUAACCGGCACUCGAAGCCAAAGCCGGGCGAGAAAAGGAGUUUGAAUGUUGAAUUACAGGAGAAGUUGGUUAGUUUCUUGAAGGAUCAGGAGGAGUGGAAGAGGUCGGAUGGUAAAGAUCAUGUAGUUCUUGCUCACCAUCCGAAUAGCCUAAUAGAUGCAAGGUCGAAGCUGUGGCCAGCAAUUUAUAUUCUUUCGGAUUUCGGAAGAUAUCCUCCCACCAUUGCCAAUGUUGAGAAAGAUGUCAUUGCACCGUAUAUGCAUGUUGUUAAAACUUACAGCGAUGACACGUCGGAUUUUGAUAGUCGCCCGACCUUGCUCUAUUUUCAGGGCUCGAUAUACCGCAAGGAUGGUGGAGUGAUUCGACAAGAGCUGUAUUACAUGCUAAGAAACGAAUCAAAUGUGCACUUCACUUUCGGAACAGUCCAAAAGGGAGGAAUUACGCAAGCUUCCAAUGGGAUGCGCUCAUCCAAAUAUUGUCUAAACAUCGCUGGAGACACGCCAUCAUCUAAUCGCCUGUUCGAUGCUAUUGCCAGCCAUUGCGUGCCCGUGAUUAUCAGUGAUGAAAUCGAGCUUCCUUAUGAAGAUGUUCUCGACUAUUCCAAAUUUUGCAUAUUUGUUCGCACAUCUGAUGCCCUCAAAGAAAAUUUUCUCAUGAACCUCGUCAAGAACAUUACCAAGGAGAAGUGGACAGCAAUGUGGAAUAGGCUAAAAGAAGUCGAGCUCUUCUAUGAAUAUCAGUAUCCGUCCCAAGAAAACGAUGCUGUUCAGAUGAUAUGGCAGGCCAUUUUGCGAAAAGUUCAUGCUAUAAAAAGGAAAAUUCACCGGGACAGGCGAUAUUCUCGGGCAAAUUCCCGAGGAGGAGAUGGCAGCUUUGCGUCAGCAUCCUUGCCGAGAAAUCUGAGCUUAUAGUUCAUUGGAGCACACAAAAUCCAGAGGCUGCAACGCUUCAUGUCGAACAUUGUGGAACUUGCUCGCUCGGGUUGGGAGGUACAUUGGCUUGACAUUAGACAUAAUCUGCUCAUUUGUUGAUUCGUUGAUUCUGCCUUUGAGUUGCGCGAUUUUGUUGGCUUUAAGUCUCUGCUAGUCCGUAGUUUUAGAGUGCCCCGUUUCUGCGAAUAUGGUUAUAAAAUGGUACGUUUUGCUCGUUUCGGUGUGAAAUUUGAUUUUCUUACUCAAGCUACGUUGAAGCUACACAUCUUUGUCUUUUGGGCGCAUGAUUAUUAAUUUUUUUUGACGUGAAAACGGACUAUGGAUUGCAACCUCGUUGACAUGGUUCGAAACAUGAAAUGAAAUUCGUGC